AUGAAUAACAAUUUCAAUAUAAAUGUUCAGGUGGACAAUGCGUUCCUCAGUGAACACGAGGUUGAGGUGAAUGGUUAUUUCGCGAAAUUGUACACGGGGGAAAUUACAGUGGACACGAUGAUAGAUAUCAUGAAGAGCUUGUCAUGUUCCCCCAAAGGGUCCAAAAAUAAUGAUGUGUAUAAAUCAAUGUUAUUAAUUUUGUUUAAUGAGUGUAGGUUCUUCCCAAAAUAUCCAUCAGAAGAGCUGGACACCACUGCACAGCUAUUUGGGAAGCUAAUAAAGCACAAUUUAUUGCUAUCCUAUGGCAAUACCUUGGCUGUUGCAUUAAAGUGCAUUCUGGAAGCUUUUAAAAAAGGAAAUGAUUCGAAAAUGUUCAACUUUGGAAUUACGGCUUUGGAACAGUUUGAAGAUUCUCUAAUAUGUUACCCUAGUUUUUUGUCUUCCUUGAUAGCGGUUACUACCUUAAGGCAGUACAACCCGCAAUACGUCAUUCAUUGCAGCAAUUUAUUGAACACCCUUCCGGAGCACUUCAGAAGUUUACCUUACAUAGAUGCAUCUACAAUAUUAAAAAUAAAACACCUCGCCGAAAUUGGUGCAAACAGUAGCACUACCGAUGCGAAUAUGUCUCAGGCGUCUAAUGAUGACGUGAAAAAAAUUUCAACCCAUAAUGCAAACAAUUUGAAGAAUGUAAAUAAUUUAAUUUCUUCCAUGGGCAUAACCAUGGGUAGCGGCCUUGUUGACAAUACAAAUGUAAGUAACAACCUCAGCGGUGCGAGCAGCUGCACCAGUAACAACAAUAACAGCGCCAUCGCCAACGCGCUAAACAGUAUGCUCAAGGGGAACAGCAGUAAUAGCGCCAACCUAACUAAUGACAACGUGCUAUCCUACAUCAGUGACAUUUUACCAAACAACUCAAGCCUUAAUCAGAACAUCACUACCAAUGUGAACCUGCUAAACGGUGAUAAGCCAAGCACCCCUUUUGGUGCCAUGAAUCAGUUAUAUGCCAACCGAUCCUACGUAUCUCCAAGUGGAAGCAACCAAAUUAACCGUAUUUUAACCACCCAAGGAAACACGCUCAACCUUGGGGGUAGGGAAAUUGUAUCCCUCAGUCAUGCUUCCAUCCUCAAUGAGCAUGCAGGAGAAAUCGGAAUGAGCACUGUGGUUGAUGGUUCCAAAUAUGCCAGUACACCCGAAGGGAUCAAACGCCCGAAUGUUAAUCUGAAUGCCGAUAAGGGUGACGGCAUGGGCAUUGGCAACAACCUCGCAAGUGGCAACCCGCUCAGCGGCAGGGACAAAGAGGAGCAGUUGGGACAAAUAAUGGAAUCGUUCUACGAUCGAGUGCAGGUAAAACUACCACCCAAUUUGAGCCUAAACAACAUUGGGGGAUUCGGAUUAGGCCAAAUAGAAUGCCUAAUGGACAACACCGAUUUAACUAAAAAUAUUAUUGUACCAUCGUCCGUAAUAAUAGGCGAAGUGUUUAGCAUUUUUAACACCCUCUGCUCAUUCAAUAUUGAUGAGAAAAUUAAAAUAUUAAAAGAAGUCAUGCAGCCAGAGCACUACAGUUGGCUAGCCUUUUACAUUGUCAAAUCCAGGGCCUCCAAGGAAGUAAACCUCCACGAAGUUUUCCUGGAGUUUAUUGAUAAACUAAGCUACCCUAUGCUUAUCGACACAAUCAUCAAUAUGACUUACGACUGCAUACUCAUCCUGUUCAAAUACAUAAACGAAUUGAAAGAAGUUAGUGCAUUUAAAACUGUGUUAAAAAAUUUAGGCUCCUGGUUAGGGUUCAUAACCCUAGGGAGAAAUAGACCCCUAAAAUCGAAAAUCUUAGAUUUAAAGUUAGUUCUAUUUGAAGCCUACGAAAAAGAAUGCCUAGUAUGCAUACUACCAAUGGUAUGCAGAAUUUUAGAAUCUAUAAAAUUGUCUAAAAAUUUUAAGCCCCCCAAUCCAUGGACCACAACUAUGCUAUGCUUACUAACAGAAAUUCAUGAACUCCCAAAUGUGAAGACGUACACAAUAUUUGAGGUAGAAAUUCUGUUUAAAAAUCUGGCCUUAGAUAUUCAUGCCUUUCAGAAUAAAACCACCUUACUGAGUAAACGAAGUGUCGCACAAAAUAGGAAAAGUGAAUUGCUCAUGCCAAAAGGUGGUAACAACAACCAGGAGAAUACCACCGCUUUACCUGUAAUUGAGGACCUGAAGAAUCUCCCACGCAGGGAAGGCCUAACAAGUGUUAUUAAUAGUCAUAUAGGUAGAGUAGAAGGUGGAUUGACUCUGAACCCAAGACUGGAAGAGUUGGAAAAUGCCACAAAUAUUACCACCAGGGACAUACCAAGUAGUGUGCCGAAUAAUGCUCGACCGAGCUCUAGGUUCAUCCCAGAAAAAGUGGAGUACACUAGACGAAACAAUAACCUUCCAAGUUAUAACGUUGAUUAUGUCGAUUCAGAAUGGAGCAAAGAUGAUGCCGACAGAAUUGAUGCCCUGACAAAUGACAUGACGUUAGUUUCCACCUUCCCACCCCCAGAUAUAAAUCUAAUAAAUGCUAGUUACCACAAAAAGGUCGCUGGUAGCGGAGGUAAAAAUGUAAAUGCGAUGGGUGAGCAAUAUGCCCCCAAUGUGAGCUAUGCCACUAGUGCCAACUAUGACGGUAGUGCCAGCUAUAUCGGUAGUGCCAACUAUUAUGAUAACAACGCCGAUUACUAUGACAACGGCGCCGACUACUACGACGGAACUGCCAACUACUACGACAGUAACGACAAUAUGGAUGCCCCAGACAUUUCCAUUGACAACAAUUUAAUUAAUAACAAAAUUAAUAGUAGUAAGUUUUUGCAGAGUCUGAACAGUGCAGUGAUUAUAUCUCCCUCCAUAGCCCUUUUUCAAAUCCAGCCGGGUUUAAAAAGCCUAGUUACUAUAGCGUUUUAUCAAGCCAUUAGGGAAAUCAUCGCAGCUAUAUUAGACCGAUCUGUAGCUAUAUCUUGUGUUACAACGAGAGAAAUUGUGUGCAAAGAUUUCUGCCUAGAAAGGGAUGAAACUCUAAUUCGAAAAGCGGCCCAUAUUAUGAUUUCAUCGCUAGCUGGUUCGUUAGCCUUAGUUACGUGUAAAGAACCUCUGCGUAUUUCUCUAACGCACCAUUUAAGACACUGGCUAGAAAAAACAAGUACGAAGGAUUGCAACGAUCAGGUUUUAAUUGAACAAGUGGUUCAAAUUCUAAGUGCAGAUAACCUAGAAUUAGGUUGUAGUCUAGUCGAACAGGCCGUCAUUGAAAAAGCUAUCAAAGACAUUAAUGAAGCGUUGGAACCUACCCUUUUAUCCAGACAAGUAGCCAAAGAAAAUAGAAUCCCUCUUAAUGAUCCCAUUCAUCUUAUGAACACGAAAAGGAUGCAGCUAGAAAUCGCUCACUCUCUAAAGUUGGCAUCGCCUGUUACGAAUAAUCAGCUGCAAAUAUAUAAAGACUUCCUAAACAUAGCCCCGCUGAAAAAAUUACAUGCCGCUGCGAAAGCGCUGACGAAAAUAUACACAAAAGUGAACGAUGUGAAUGUAGAGAAUAAUCAACAAGGAGGUGGUACCCUCAUGCAUGCCCUGUUCUCAAAUUCGAACCUACAGAAGAAGGAGGAAAAAAUGGACUAUCCAAAAAAUAUGAACGAAGAGAAGCGAACAGUUAAUGAGCCCGCAAUUGGAAUGCCAAAAAGUGAUCCCACGGUAGCCAGAAAGGCCAACACGGAUUACAAUAUAAAUGGUGGUAUAAAGACUGAGCAAAGUGUAAACAGCGCAAAACGGAACGCGAAUGAAAAUACCCCCCCACGAUCCAGUUCACCAUCUGCAGCCCCGCUAGCCACAAAUUCGCAGCUACAUAAGAUUCUAAACAAAUUAGAACUUGCGACUAACCAACUGAAAGAUGCCGUUAAGGACAUCCUCAUCUUACCACCCAUAUUGUUUAACAUAAAUAAAGAAAAGCCUUCCGACAAUAUAAACAAAAUGAGUCUUCACAUUUUGUAUAGUCUGUCUGUGGAUGGAAGCAUAUUUAACCUAAUUAAAUCCAUCCCAGAAAUAGCAGCGCUAACACAACAAAAAAACGAGACCAUCAUUUCAUACUCGAACAGAAUUUUUAAGUUCCUUUUUGAGGUUAUCCCCCCUAACAGUAACAAAACACCGUGGGUUUAUCGAUCCAAUGACCCGUCUGGCAUAUACCUUGAAGUAUUUCUGUGCAUCCUGGAAAAACUAAAAAAGAAAUGCCCCUCGUUAAAAGAACACAUAACGGAUUUUAUAAUGUCGGAUGAUUCUUCGUCCCCCUCGAAUGACAACUCACCAAGUUGUAGUAAGUCCCUUUUUUCCGCAUCAAACUUGGUGAAGGAGAAAGAAUCAGACGAUGUAACAACAAAACUGGGAAGCGAAUUUUCCUCUCCCACGAAUAGCAACUCAAAUCAAGAUGGCCGCCAAAAUAAGAACGAGUCAGAAGCAAAGAGUCACAAUAAAGGAGUUCCCAAACUGAAUGCAAAUGUGAUAGCUGGCUUCAUAAGAUAUAACCUGGUCGACAUGGAGAAAUAUAAAUAUUACCUAGUAAGGCAACUCAGUACCGACAUGUAUAACAUCAAUACCAAUGCAGAGUUUGUCACCCUACUGUUGAAAAAAAUUUUAAUCGACUUCCAAAUUUUCAGAUACAACGAUUUUGAAAACAUAUUUAUCAUUUUAAAUAACCUGAAAGAGCAAAAUAUUCUGACCAACAAAAUUAUUUUUUUCAACGACUCCCCCCCAAUUGAUACCAAUGUCGCCAUAGAACUAUUAACUGAAGAGGCCAAAAAGAUUCAGGGAAAAAAAGAUGCCGUCAUUUUUUCAGACCUGCUACACGUUUAUGAGGAAUAUUUAAAAAGCGAUGAUGAGCAUGACGAGGAGCAAGAUCAAGCCGUGUUGAGGGAUGCCGACACAGAUCAGAUGAUGCUGCGAAUGGGGAUGGAAAGAAAUGUCACCGAUGCGGAGAGUAAAAAGGGACAAUUGCAAGGAAACCAAGUGCAAAAUGGUAGAAAUUCACAAAAUUCACAACACGCCCAGGGCGAAAGUGAGGCAAGGGGGGAAGAUGGAUUGUAUUACUCAAAUGAGACAGUAAAGGGAAGAGAAGCGAAAGAAAACACAUUAGAAUUGAAAUGCACCAGGACAAAUAACAACUUCCACCUGAACGAAAUAAAAAAGAGCGAGUUGCUGAAAAACCCAUUGGAAUAUUUUAAAAGGGACUAUAACCAGUUAAGUGAAGACCUUUUAAGUGCCCUAAUUGAGGAACAAAAUUUCGAUAAAAUUCAAGAUGAACUGAAGAGCGUCGACAACUUUGGUCUCCUAGACAUGGAGGGGGUCAAGGUGCACACCGGUGAAGAUGCGCGCCUGAGCGAGAAAGACGAAAAGGCCAAAUCAGCCCUCAGUACGCGCACCAGCACCAACAAUAAGAGCAACGUGGACGGAAUCGCGAUAAGUAAGACGAACCAGGAAAACAGAGCAAAUGCAGAGCUUUGCCACUCCAAGCGACAGGCGAAGAGGGAAUACAAGAAAAACCUAAAAAUUUUAAUGGACCCAGAACACAUAACCACCCUGACGCAGAUAAUCGAUUUCUGCCUGAACACGGACUGGAAUAUAUUGCAAAAAAAAAAAAUAAUAAAUAUUUCAAAGACAAAGGGGUGGGAGGCAUCAGAGUAG